UUUGCUGGUAAGACUGUUUACCAUAUUUCUGUUCUAUGCAUUCCAGUAUGUAAUGUUAGGGGAAAUCUACUGAGCAAAAUGUUGAAAAAUAUUUUCUUUAUCUAAAUGUGGAAUUCUAUAUUGUUUCUUGAACUAGGAGCCUGAAGACCAGAAGUGUCUUUGUAUUUUUGUUCUGAUAGUUUGCUGAGCACAAAACACCGCUACUGCAAUAAUUCUGAUGGAUUGUGCUUGAAAGAAGGGCCAUCUUGAACAAGUCUGUAUGUUAGCUCCUCUAAUUGUAUUAAUGUACUGCAGAAUCUCAUUCAGCUGGUUAUGUGCUACUUCCUGAAAUUAUUUUCUGGCUCUUUGGAGCAGCUCUCUCCUUGCAGUGGUGCUGGGCUCAUUUGCUGUGUUCAGAUAUUAUCUGGAAUGGGAGGAGUUGUGUGGCAGUUGCGGCUCCAGCUGUGCAUUGCUGCUGCGCUGCUCUUUGGUGGAGGAAGAGGAAGAGAGCUCUCUGGCAGCCUGAGCUGCCUGAAUAACUACGUGACUACUGUGAGCUGCAUGUGGGUAACAGAGAAGCCCAUGGGUGAUGGACCUUUCCACCUGCAUUUCACCAACCUCUGGUCAAAGGGCCACAACGCCAGCUGCAAACUGACUGCCACAGAGAGCAUGCAGAAUCAGUACCACUGCACAAUUCAUUUAGCCAGCCAGAUCUUGGAAACAGAUGGUUAUAGAGUCUCUCUCCAAGGAAACUUCUUUGGAUGUAAUCAGACAUACAUGGCCUUUCUAGAGUACAAUCCCCGCAAGCACAUAAAACUUGAUCCACCUUUGAACAUCCAGAGCAAUGCCACUGCCAGCAAGUGCCAGAUAUGGUGGAAUGUGUGGAAUGUGCCUUGGUACCUCACUGAAAUUCUCCAAUAUGAGUUGCAGUAUAAGGAGUACAGCAUGUCCUGGGAGGUUGCAAUGAACAAGACGCUGCCUAGUUCACUGCCACAAGUAGAAAUUGAAGCCACAGAGCUCCGCAGUGGCAUUGCUUAUGCUGCAAGAGUUCGCUGCAAAGUUUCUGAAAAUGAGAAUUCGUACCACAGUCAAUGGAGUGAGUGGAGCCAGACGACAGUGUUUCAAAGAGCAGAUGUCCCAAAAGUCUCUGAAAAGAUUCUAAAUAUCAAAACUAUGCAGUACUUAUUCAUUCCUCUGAGUUUUGGCACUCUACUUUAUUUAUUCUGGAACUGCAAGCUUUCCUCAAGGGCAAAAAGCUUCGCCUGCUUUAACAUUCCCACACCAGCUGCUUUCUUUCAGCCUCUCUAUAGUUUGCACAAUGGGAAUUUUAAGGACUGGGUUGGACUGAAUGAGGCUUGUAGCCAGCUUGAAAGAGAAGAGGCCAGCAACUCAAGCAAAGUGAAUGCAGAUAGAGUUUCUGAUCUAAACACCCAAGAAAUGAUUUCCCAAAUCUCAUUGAAACCUACAGGAAGCACAGAUGUGGUUACUGCAGAAGAAAACUUUGCAUUUGCCUCAGGUCCAAGCCAGCAAUGUGUCUCCAGCAGGUACAUAAGAGCAGAAGAGAUAGAGAUGUGUCCGGGACUAUUGUUUGCACCAAACCAUGCUGAUGAUACCGUUGGCCUGAAAAUCUCUGAAAUAAUUAAAGACAACCUUGAGAGCUCUAGUGUUGGAAGGAAUUAUCCCUCUCACUCACAGCAUGGAAAGGGUGACUUUCUUAUGCUUCGAGAAUCUUUGGGGAUAAAAGAUGUGUCCUUCAGUGGUAGUGACUAUUGUACUUUGUGUGACAAUGAUACCACAGGAGGUUUGAUUUCUGCUGAACUACUGAAGCUUUCUAAUCACAAUAGUCAUGUUAAACAUCAGAAGGAUCAGUGACCUUCCCUGAAGAAUACUGCCUGCAAAGUUCCUUGUGCUCUCCUAUCACCUCCCAAGUGGCACAAACAGUGACUGUGCAGACAGUUUCAAACAUGUAUCAUUUUAAAACACAUCCUCAAUUUCUGUACUUCAGAAGAAGAUUGUGAUUAAGUCCCCAGUCUAGCAAAUACUACCCCUACAGGCAUUCCCUAAAUUAACCUCCUGGCUGCAAGAUCCAGUAACUCACUUGUCUAAGGAGGCAGCAGCAGACCUGCUGUUUCCUCAGGAAGAACUAUUAUAGUUGUGUGCCCCUUGGAAGCAGCAGUAUUUUCAAUGUGAUGAACCAUGAUUUAAACUCCAUCAUUUUGUAAAAAAUAUGCAUGAUUUUUCACAAAAUCAUGAGAAACUCUUUUUGCUUAAGAAAGUAAUUCUGCUUCCUAAUAUUAUAUUGAUGAAUUAAAGGGAUUCCUGAUUUGAUCAGAAUUUGUAAUUGCUCUGUUCAAAGAUAAUCAAACAGUAGGCCUUGUUCUUUAUUAUCUUGAAUGGCUGUAACUUUUUAUUUUGCAAUAACUAAGCCUCAUAUAUUGCUUUAACAAAAAUUUAUUUCAAGAUUAAGUGGCUGGGCUGAUUUAAUGGAAAAAAAAGGUGAAAAAUAAGAACAGCACAAAUGACCUUUACUUAAUCACAGUAUAGACCAGGCCCACUGCCUCUCCAGGGUUUCUAUUAGUUCUCCAGAAUUCAUGAGUCCUUUGCCUAUCUGCGCAACAGGUACAGCCUUUGUGAGCUGGAGGUUUACUUUCUCCCCUAGACACAGAAAAUCCUAUACGUGAUUAAUAAACUACCAAGCAGA